GAGCGAAGCGUGCUCCAAGUACGCCAACUAGUCUGCGAUCGCACCUGAGGACAAAAAAAAAAAAAAAAAACCAAUAAAAGAAAACCCACAAUGACUUUCUAAAGCGUCCGUCACCGCCAACGAUGCCAACGUUGUUGUCAAGAAGAAAUCGCUUUUAACGGAUAUUCUGCGGGACAAUUUAUGAUGGCCACUACUGAGAUGGAUGCGACAGAACACGACACAGUCGACCCUGAUUCAAAGUACCCAUUGAAAGUUCUUUACUGUGGAGUGUGCUCUUUGCCUUCAGAGUACUGCGAGUACAUGCCCGAGCCGGCCAAGUGCCGGCAGUGGCUGGAGAAGAACUUCCCGGACGUCUUCGCUCGAAUGACUCUCGCCAAAGCCCCCAAAAAGGAUCCCGACGCUGGAGACGCGCCGCCGAGUGUCGAGGAGGAGGAGAAGAAGAAGCAGAAGAGGGGCGGGCGAGGUCAGAUUAAACAGAAGAAGAAGACCGUGCCUCAGAAGGUGACGAUAGCCAAAAUCCCGCGAGCCAAGAAGAAAUACGUGACGCGGGUGUGUGGCCUGGCAACGUUUGACAUUGAGCUGAAAGAGGCUCAGCGGUUCUUUGCUCAGAAGUUCUCCUGUGGCGCCUCCGUCACGGCAGAGGACGAAAUCAUCAUUCAGGGAGAUUUCACCGACGACAUCAUCGACGUCAUUCAGGAGAAGUGGCCAGAGGUGGAUGACGACAGCAUCGAUGAUCUGGGCGAGGUGAAGAAGUGAAGACCAAAAUGUGCACUUUUACUGAAAAAAAAAAAACAAAAAAAAUGGAUGUGACCUGAAACAACUUGGCCAAAUGUACACCUUAACGUCAUUUUAUACCUAUUUUAUUUACUGUACAUAAAAUGCGCAUCACCUGGCCACUCACUUGAAAUUUUUUUUUUUUUUUUUUCUUCAAGUUUCCAGCUCACUUUUCCCCCCUUCAAGAGCGUCGAAUCUUCGGUUCCAUUUUUUUCCCCCCCUUGUUAAAAACCAUUAAAAUGUUUCUUUUCGGG